AUGUUUGAUGGAGAAAGUAAAAAUAGAAGGAUUAAUUUAAGUGGGAAAAAACAAGUUAUUGUGAAUAAAGAUUUUUUUAUUGAAAAGGCAAAAAAAGAGAAAGAAAAUAAUUUAACAUUAAUAAAGAGAAAAAAUGCUUUUAAAAAAAUAAGUGAUUAUAUAGGUUUUAAAAAAUGUCUUGAAAAUAGGAAGAAAGAAAUAAAUGAAGUUAUUUCGAAAAGAAUCAAUGAUAUAAUAUUAUUAGAAAAAAUAGUAUGUCCAUCCAUAUAUAGACAAGCUUUACAAUUAUGUGUAUAUGAAUUUUCUUUACAAUCCUCUUUUCUUUAUUCAGAUUUAAACUGCUAUAAUUAUUAUAAGUCUAUGGACUUUGAUGGAAUAUACCCACCUGUAAAAUAUUUAUUAAAUACUUUAAAAUUUUAUAAUAAGAUUGAUGAAAAUUAUGUGGAUAAGACUAAUGGAGUUGAUAAGGAAAAUGAAAUAGUGGAUGACAAAAUAAAAGAUGAUGACAAAAUAAAAGAUGAUGACAAAAUAAAAGAUGAUGACAAAAUAAAAGAUGGUGACAAAAUAAAAGAUGAUGACAAAAUAAAAAAUGAUGACAAAAUAAAAAAUGAUGACAAAAUAAAAAAUGAUGACAAAAUAAAAAAUGAUGAUAAUAAUAAAAAGAAUAACAUUCCAGUGGGUAAUAAUAUAAGUGAAAAACACACACUCCAAUUUGAUGAAAAUAAGAAUGAAAAUGAUAAUAAUAUGACUGAAAUAAAGAACCAUUUUUAUUAUAGGCAUAAGAAAGAGUUAGAUAUUUUAAUAAAACAUUUGGAUAUUUUGUUGGGUAAUUAUUAUAUAUACAAUUAUAAUAUAUAUAGUGAAUAUUACAAGGAUGUUAAAAAGAUAAAAAAUAUCAUACCUACACCUAUUAAUAAUAAUAUUUUAAAACAUCAUUUAAAUGAUUAUAAUUAUACAACUGGUUCCUUUUCUAAUCAUAAUAGUAAAAAGAAUAUUUCUUCAAAAGGUAAUAUAUUAAAUAUUGAAUCGGAUAUAAAUACGAAUCUCCUACAUAUAUAUUACUUAUACAAUUUUAUAAUAAAUAAUAAAUUUAUUGAUGAACUGGUUAAAAGAAAAAUAACAAACGAAAAUAAGAAGCUCAAUGUUUUUCUUACCUCUAGUUGUACUAGACCAUCAAUUGAAAUGACAUAUGACAAUAAAAAUAAUACGAGUGAUGUUGAUAAUAGUAGUAGAAGUAGUAAUGUUUAUACUAGUGUUUUGAAUAAAAAACAAAAUGUGAAAGAACUAAGCACUUGCUUAAAAAAAAUAAGUGAUUAUAUAAUAUCAAGUAUUGAAGGAAUAAUUACUGUAAUAAAGAAGAUUUCUAUUUAUUAUCAAAGUAAAGUUGAUGUAAAAUGUGAUAAUAUAAAAUUAAUGAUAUAUAUAUGUGAUAUGAUAUAUAUAUAUUUUUAUAUAUUAAAAAUAAAAGGGAAAGAUAUGAAAUGUAAUAAUAUAAUGGAUAUAAAAUAUAAAAUUAAAUUACUUAUAAAUUUUGUAAAAUUAAAUUUACGAUAUAUUAAGGAACCAUAUAUUUUAUUUAUAUCAUUUUUUAAAUAUAAUAUAUAUGAAUUAUUUGAAGAUACAAUUAAUAUAAAAAAUGAAUUAAAAGAAUGGAAAAUUUUAUUAAUUAGGAUAAUAAAUAAUACAUAUAAAGAUGUGGAUAUAAUGAAAGAAUUAAUAUAUAAUAAUAAUAAUAAUAAUUAUUAUUAUUAUUAUUAUUAUUAUAACAAUUAUUAUAAUAAUUAUAAUGGUUCAUAUUUUAAAGUACCUUAUUAUAAUAUGAAAUAUUAUUUAUAUAAUCAAAAAUCUUAUGAUGAAUAUAACAUAUCAGGUGUUAACCUUUUUAGAAAUUUAUUAUUAUUUGUUCAUUUUAAUAAAAAUAUAAUGUAUGAUAAUGUUCUGAAUAUAUUAGCAGAUGUGUAUUUAUUUUUACCACUUGAAUAUCAUCCAUAUAUAUAUAAUAACACACACGAUAUGAACCCCCCAAAAAAAAAUGAUAAUAGUGUAAUAAAAAUUAAAAAUGAAGAGAAUUAUUUUGAGAAACAAAACUUAUCUUUGGAUAUGGGAUAUUAUUAUAAUAAGGAGAUUAUUGAAUCUUUAAUAUAUAUAUGUAAAAAAUAUUGCCUUGAUAAAUUAGAUACACUGUUGUUUUUUUUAUUGCCCUUUCGUAAUAUUAAUGGGAAGAUAUAUGAUACAUAUAGAAAUUAUUAUGAUUAUAUGAAGAAUAUAGAAAAGGGGGUGUACGCAAAUUAUGAUAAGUUGUAUAAGUCACGUAUAAAUAUAAAUAAUAAUAUGGUAAAUAAUAAUAUGGUAAAUAAUAAUAUGGUAAAUAAUAAUAUGGAUCAUAUGAAUAAUAAUGUAAAUAAUAAUGUAAAUAAUAAUAAUAAUAACAAUAAUAACAACAAUUAUUUGGAUCAUUUUGAAAAUUAUCAUGAAAAAAAAAAUAAAGGCAUAAUGCUUUAUUCAGAUAUGAAUGAUUUUCCUUUUUUAGCAAAUAAUCAAGUGACACAUUACAAUUGUGAAGAUAACAAAUAUAAUAAUAAUAAUAAUAAUAAUUAUUUGUAUGGUGGACAUAAUAAUCAUGUUCAUGGAAAUCGUUUUUUUUCAUUAGAAAAUAUUAUUGGUAAAAGAGAUAAAAAGAACAUAGGUUCGAAUUCCUAUUUAUAUAAUGAUAUGAUUAAUAAUGAUAUAAUAUUAAAAAUAAAAAGAAUUUUAAUAAUAAAUAAUAUACAUAUAUAUUUAAUUAAAAAAAUAUAUUUAUUUUGGUGUUAUAGUUGUAAAUCUAAUGAUAAUUUAUUUUUUAAAAAUGUUAUAUUUUUUCCUUAUUAUGAUAAUACGCAUAUAUCUAUAUACUUAUCAUCUUUUUGUUUCUUAUUGCAUUAUUAUUUAGUUGUUAAUAUGUUUAAUCAGUUAAUUGACAUAAACAAAUUUAAGAUGAUUAAGAGAAAUGAAAUACAUCAUUAUGACAUAAAGUAUAAUAUGACAUCUGGAGAAAAUAAUAUGAUCUCCAAAUAUGAUAUGGAAAAUGAUCAUCAUCAGCAGCAGCAUUACCACCACCACAACAAUAAUAAUAAUAAUAAUAAUAAUAAUAAUAACAAUAAUAAUAACAAUAAUAAUAACAGUGGGAUGACAAACUUCUUGAUGAAUAAAUAUUUUAAAAGGGUAUGUAAACUUAUUAUUUUGUCCUUGUGGUAUAUAUUGAAAAAUUCCAUAAAUUGUAUUUAUAAUGAACUAACUAAAAAAAAAAAUUUAAAUGUAAAAAACCAACAGUUGCAUUAUAUGGAAGAUAUAGAUGAUGAAGAUAUAUAUAAUGAUGAGGAUGAAGAACAUGAAAAUGAAAUAAUAAAAAAAGAAGAAAAUCAUAUUGAUGUAAUUCAUUCGAAAGAAUUUAGAUCAACGAUUUAUAGUAGUGAUUAUUAUAUAUGUUUAUUGAAUUUUCAAAAGAUAAAUAUAUCAAUGGAUGAUAUAAUGUAUGAUCAAAAUAAUUAUGUUGUAAAUAAAGGACAUGUAUAUUUAAAUGUACAGGAGGAAAGCAUUUCUUUGAUUAAAAGGAAUAUAGAAAAUGAAGAUAAAGAACAAAAUUCCAAAUGUUAUAAUAGUAUGGAUGAAAUAAAAAAUAUUUUUGAUGAACUAGAUAAAAUAAAUAUGUAUAAUUAUUACAAUUAUGUAGACAGGCAUAUGGUUUUUCCUAAUCAAAAUAAUGAAAAUAAUACAAAUAUGGAACAUUUAAAAUCUCUUCAUAAUGUUAAGUCUUUUUCAAAUGAUGAAUCAUUUCAAAAUAGUACUCGUUUUGAAAGUAGUUCAUUUGUUAAUAAUAAUAAUUAUUUACCCAUACAUAUGAAUGAUAGUUACAAUCAACCAAUCACAAACAACCAUAAUAACAUGUCUUCUCAUAACGGCGGAGAGUUUUUUUUCGAUAAUUUAAAAAAGAAAAAUACAAAUACGAAGAAAAAGAUUAACGACGAUUCAUGCUAUUCGAAUGUGAUAAAUUAUUAUUUAUACAACAAUGAUAACAAAGGGUUAAGUUACAUUUUGCGCAUAUUAUUAAAAAAGUUAUAUAAACUGAAUAGCUAUAUACAUAUAUUUGAUGACGAAUUUUUUGUAAUAAAAGAAACUUUUAAUUUAUUAAAAAAUCGUUUUCAUAUAAUAGGUGAGAGUAAUAAUAUAAAUUAUAAUAACAAUAAUAAUAAUAAUAAUAAUAAUAAUAAUAAUAGUAAUGAUGAAGAAAGAACAUUAUAUUUAGAAAAAAAUGAUAUAUAUUUAAAUAAUAAUAUAAAAUUUGUAAAUGUUAUGGCAAAUUAUUUAUUACGUUAUGUUCCUUUUACCUUACCAUUUGAUGAUCGUUUAUUAAUAUUUUAUCAUUUUAGAAAUAAAAAUAAAGAGAGCAUAAGAGAUGAUUCAACAUUUAAUAUAUUAGAAAGAAAACAUAUGUUAAUAAGAAGAACGAAUAUUUUAGAAGAUGGAUUUAUAUCAUUAAAUAUAUUAGAUAACUUACAAAUAAAACAAAAUGUUCGUAUAUCUUUUAUAGAUAAAAAUGGAAAUGAAGAAACAGGAAUAGAUGGUGGAGGUUUAUUUAAAGAAUUUAUUAUAUUAUUAUGUAGAGAAAUAUUUCAUCAAAAUUUUAUAUUAUUUCAGAAUGUUGAAAAUCAUACUUUAUUUCCUAAAUAUUAUAAUGAAAAUGAUAAUUUAAUUUUAUAUGAAUUUUCUGGGAAAAUUAUUGGAAAAGCAAUAUAUGAAAGAAUUUUAAUUGAAUCAGUUUUUAAUAAGGUAUUUUUAAAUAAUUUAAUAUUUGAUAAUAUGGAUAUUAAUGAUUUAUAUUUUAUAGACCAAAAUGUAUUUAAUAGUUUAUUGUAUGUUCAAAAUGAGGAAAAUGUGGAGAAAUUAUGUUUAACUUUUUGUAUUUAUGAAAAAAAAUAUCCAGAUGGUGAAAAAUUUACAAAGGAUCAAUAUGAAAAAAUAACAAAUUAUUUUUACGAAUUAUCCAAGAGGAAUAAUUACAAUUCUUAUAAUCGUCACACACACCAUAACAACAUCAACAUCAACAUCAACAACAACAACAACAACAACAAUAAUAAUAAUAAUAAUAAUAAUAAUCUUUUUUUUUUUAAUCAGAUGGAUAAUUUGGAGAACCUCUUCUUUUCAAGUGAUAAUGAUACAUAUAAUUUUACAAAUAUGAAUAAUUUUUUUCACAUGAUAAAUAAUUUAGAUUCCAUGAUUAGUAAUGUCAAUUCAAGAAACUACUCCCCAUUUUCUCACAACAAUAUGAAUAGAAAUCAUUUCAUUAAUAUACCAAAUAGUAUAAACAAUAUUAAUAUUAAUAAUAUAAUAAUGAAUGAUGAUACUUCAAACUAUAGUAGUACAGACGAAAGAAGUGCACACAUUUCUCCAACGGAUUUAGAACACUCUUCUUCCCACAGAGAGUUCGUUCCAUGUGAUGAAGUAGGAGAACAAAAUGAGCAUAUUGAAGAAGCCUCUUCCAUUAAUAUAAGGAGAAAGAAUAUGGAAAAUAAUGAUGAUCAUAAAAAUAAAAGAAAUAAUAAACAUAAUAUAUACAAUAAUAAGAAUAAUAACAUAACUAAUAAUAACCUUUGUCACGAUGAACAAAAUUGGGAAUGCAUAGAUCUCAUAGAAAAUGGUAGAAAUAUACCUGUAACAGAUAAAAAUAAAAAAUUGUAUAUAAAAUUAUAUAUAGAUUAUAAAUACAAUAAAUUAAUAAAGAAAAAAACACAACGAUUUUCAAAAGGCUUAUCACAACUAAUACCCAUAAAAUGGUUUAAACUUUUUAGUGCUCAUGAAUUAAAAACACUUAUAUCAGGAAAAGAUAAAUGUUUUGAUGUAGACGAUUUAAAAAGAAAUGUUGUGUACGGAGGUGGAUAUAAUGAAAAUAGUACUACUGUUUUACAUUUAUUUGAAAUAUUAAAAGAUUUUUCACCAAAUGAAAAAAGUUUAUUUCUUAUGUUUGUAACAAGUUGUUCAAGAUCCCCUUUACUAGGCUUUCAAGAAUUAUAUCCAAAAUUUUGUAUAUAUAGGGUACCUGAUUAUACUAGAUUGCCUACUGCUUCUACUUGUGUUAAUUUGUUGAAAUUACCCGAUUAUUUAUCAAAAGAAGUUUUGUAUAAAAAUUUGAUCACAGCAAUAAAUGAUACACAGGGAUUUGAUUUGAGUUAA